UCAACGACCCUGAGAGAAGAGACGCUGAAAGACAGACGUAAGAUUAACCUUCAGAUCAAAACCACAAGCUGCAGGAAGGAACACUGGAAACACUGGAACCACUGGAAUAUUUGAAUACUUGAAUACUUGAAUACUUGCACGUCAACCUGCUGCAGACUCUAAAUAUAGAACUGGAUGAGCCUCAACUAAAACCGAAAGUAACUUUCAAGGAACUCUCUAGACGGACCGACUUCACUGUACACCUGUUGUGUUUUCAGCUUCACUCAGAGACAAAAUGUAUGAGGAUCUCUCCUGUCCAGUCUGCCAGGACAUCUUUAAAGAUCCGGUUGUCCUGACAUGCAGCCACAGCUUCUGUAAAGACUGUCUGAAGAAGUGGUGGAGAGAGAAACAAACACGUGAGUGUCCGUGCUGCAUGAGAAGAUCCUCGAGGAGUGAUCCACCUCGUAACUUGGCAUUAAAGAACCUGUGUGAGGCUUUACAGGGGAGAGAUCAGAGAUCUUCAGCAGGGUCUGAGCCUCUCUGCAGUCUGCACUCUGAGAAACUCAAACUCUUCUGUCUGGAUCAUCAGCGGCCUGUUUGUGUCGUCUGUCGAGAUUCAAAAACACACAACAACCACAAAUUCAGACCCAUUGAUGAAGCUGCAAAAGAUCACAAAGAAGAGCUCCGGAAAUCCCUGAAGCCCUUACAGGAGAAACUGAAAGUCUUUGAAGAAAUUAAAGGCGACUUUGAUCAAACUGCAAAACACAUUAAGGUCCAGGCCAGAGACACAGAGAGGCAGAUUAAGGAGCAGUUCAAGAAACUUCACCAGUUUCUACAAAAGGAAGAGGAGGCCAAGAUAUCUGCUCUGAGGGAUGAAGAGGAGCAGAAGAGUAAGAUGAUGAAGGAAAAGAUUGAGGCUCUGAGCACAGAGAUAGCAGCUCUUUCAGACAAAAUCAGAGCCACAGAGGAGGAGCUGAGAGCUGAAGACGUUUCAUUCCUGCAGAACUACAAGGACGCAGUGGAAAGAGUCAAGCAGCGCCCCCUGCUGGAUGAUCCAGAGCUGGUCUCAGGAGCUCUGAUAAACGAGGCCAAACACCUGGGCAACCUGACCUUCAACAUCUGGAACAAGAUGAAGAAGAUGGUCUCCUACACUCCUGUGAUUCUGGAUCCAAACACCACUGACCCAGAACUCAUCCUGUCUGAGGAUCUAACCAGUGUGAGACGCGGACAGAAACAGAAGCUUCCUAAAAACCCAGAGAGGACCAAAUUCUCCUGCUCCGUCCUGGGCUCUGAGGGGUUUAACUCAGGGACGCACAGCUGGGACAUUGAAGUCGGAAACAACAAGGACUGGGAGCUGGGUGUGUUGGGAGAACCCGGACUAUGGAGAAUAUUAUUCUGUGAUGGUAAAUUCACAGCGUUCUCCACUUUGGAUCCAGAGAAAGAUCUGCUGGUGAAGAAGAAGCUGCAGAAGAUCAGAGUUCAUCUGGACUUUAACGGAGGAAAACUAUCAUUCUCGGAUCCUGAUACUAGCACACACAUACACACCUUCACACACACUUUCACUGACACCCUGUUUCCGUACAUUUAUACUGAGAAUCAUCUCCCACUGAAGGUUUUACCACUGAAGGUCUAUGUGACGGGAGAGAAACGCAGUCAGAAAUGACUAAAUCUACAAUGAGAUGAUAGAAGAAACCAUCACAGAUUCUAACAUCUAUGGUUGUACAUUGUUUAACAUUGUGAGUAAUCAAUGAGGCAGGAAUUUAAUUUUACCAGGAUAUUAUUAUAAUAUUAUAAUAUUAUUUUUUACAUAUGGUACUUGACCUAGAACAGCGUAAGACAUCAGAAUGGUUGGCUGUAAAAUUUGUGAUUGAUGCAACGAGUGUAAAUAUGAAAAAAACAAAAAAAACAUAGUAAAAAAUGUUUCGAGCCCUAAAACGUUAACAUGUAAUUUAGAAACAUCAUUCUUUUAAACAGAUCACAGGAUUUGACUCUUUAUUGGUCAAUAUCAGCUUUUUAAUUUGAGGUUCAGAGUUUAUUCUUGAUGCUGGACUCAGUCCCACUUCAAGGUUCAUUUAGUAGCUGUUGUGGGCUUUGAACUGUAUCUCUAUAUCUACUGUUCCUCUUUUAAAUGGAGACUGAGGUGAGCCUGAGAAUGAAACCUCAACUUUCAAGUCAUCAUAGAUAAAAAAAAAGUUUCUGAAAAAAAAUCACACAUUGUAAUUUUGAAAUUAGAAAAGUAGUGAUAUCACAAGAUGUUUAUUUACUUGAAUCCUUUGUAUUUUUUAAAAAUGUUUUAUGCUUUUAUUGGAUAUUAAACAAUAGAGAGAUGACAGUAAAAGCGGAGAUAGAGACACAGGGUGAGAGAUAUACGACAAAGCUCUGAGGCUGAACUCAAACUGAUCCGAGAUCUUUUACACAAAUAUGAAACUUGCAGUUCACACUUUACAGUGAAGACGGAGACAUCAUGUUCAUCAGCAGUUAGACUUUUUGAAAUGUAAUAUAUUUGUAGUCAAUAAGAGAGAGAAGGAGUAGAUGUUGUAGAGUAGAAGAUUUUUAAAACAUUUUUUUUACAUUUAUAAGUCAUUAAACUGUUUUGUGCAGAAAACACAUCCGACACAAAUUAUUAUUCAACGGAGAGGUUUUUUAAAAUGUGUUUAACAUGUUAGAUUAAUGUUAAUGUUAGAUUUUAAUGUUUGGUGUAAUUACUGCUGAAACUGAAUGUUGCUGCCACACAAAUCAUAAUGAAUGAUCAGUGUAUUAUCUGUUAACGAUGCUUUAAUUGAUCUGAUUUUUCAUUCACACCUACUGGACCAGGAUGAUGUCACCAUUAAAUAUCUACUGAUAAUGUUUCCAACAGAGAAAACAGCACGGUUUGAAAAUGUUUGUUGCAUUAUGUGAAAUAUGUGAGUUAUGUUAUGUUAAUCAUGUUAAUGACUGUAUGUCAGAUUAACUGAUUUUGUUCAUGAUUUUUCUGGAGCAGAAACUGAAUCUGUAACAUGUUGAG